AAAAAAUACCCGCGCCGCAACACCAAACAGGCCCAGGCACUCCCAGCGGCCAAUUCAGCUUUCAUCUGUGGUGCACCUCACUAGUCAACUUCCACCUACUUUGACUUAUAUACACAAUGCCGCCUGUCACAAUCCCCCAAUUUCUCCUCCCCCGGGGCGCUCCCUCCCCGCUCAGCCUCCGCGCCUUGAACCGACGAACCACCUACCGCAUCACCAGCAGCACCACCCAGCGAUGCGCCUCCUCUACGCCCGAUGACAGCAAACCCCGCGUGCUCUCCAAGCCCGACAAGUUCCGUCCUCCGUCUCACCCCGCGCGCCGGGUCGUCCAAACUCGCAAUGGGAAGGUUGUCAACAGCGGCCCGAUCAACUACCCGGGGCCGAAGCUCAGCGAGAAGGAGAAGGAGGAGCAGAAGCACAGGCAGUACCCGAAUAUGUUCCCGCCUGAGGGAACAGUCAUGCACAAGUUCUUGACGAAUCGGUGGAUUCAUAUAUGGAUUGCGAUGGGUGUACUGACCUCCCUGGCUACUUUCACAUUCACUACGAACUUCAAGCACUCGUCGCCUUUCGCUCAUCUGCUGCCGCCUUGGUCGGCGCUGCUGUCACAUCCGAUUGAUACGGUUCGGCAGGCUAUUUCGGUGUUCCGGAUGCAUGUGCAGCACAAUUCGAUCGAGACGAGAGAGAAGCGUCGCAGACGGGUGGAUGAUGCUGAGAAGAGACGGCAGUAUCGGGUUGCUCAUGGGUUGGAGGAGCCUAAUGAGAAGGAUCUUGCUGGUGCUGAUGGGAAGGAGGUGGCUGUGGAUGACCAAUCUCCUGUGGCGAAGGAGCAGCAGGGUGAGGAUGAUAAGAAUGUGUAUGUUGAUUGGGAGGGUAACAAGAGGCCUGUUAAGAAAUGGUUGGGGAUUUGGUAAGAGCGUCACUCGGAGAGACUUGCUGGAAAAGGCAUUACGUUCAGACCGUUACCGUUGUGCAUUGUAUAUUAGCCUUUGAUUCUCAUCUCAUGUAUUUCUGCCCUGUAUAGAUUCAGUCAAGGGCUUUACCAUAGCAAUGUUUAUUGGUUUGCUAUUUUUCUGCAUUCGUCUGAUACGAUUUCUAUCCAGCUGCGCAUCUUCCAGCAAGUGCCUGGAAUGUUCCCAAC